AUGGCCGACAAUGUCGGUAAUGUUCUUCUACAGCAACUACCCCUACUCAUACAAGGAGCAAGUUUCCUUUCUGAAGUUGAAGAUGAAGUCAAGUCAUUUCAAAGGGAGCUCGAGAGGAUAAAUAUCUUCCUUGAGAACUCCAAUGGCAAACAAGGCAAACAUGAAAAUGUGAAGGUCUUAGUCAGGCAAAUCACAGAAGUUGCUUAUGAGGAUGAGGAUGUUAUCGACACAUUUAUCCUCAAAGUCGAAGAACAAAGGAAGAGGAAUAUUGCAGGGAAGAUAAUCUAUGCCAUUAUGCAUGCAAAAAUGCUCCGUGAUGUUGCAAAGAAGACAGAAGGCCUCAACAAAGAGAUCAAAAAAAUCUAUGACAAUAUAGAAAAGUACGAAAUUGAAAAAGAUGAAAUAAGUGUAGAUACAGAAGCAGAGAAGGCAAUGCACAGACGUAGGAGACACGUCGAGGAGGAUGAAGUGGUGGGCUUCCUUAAUGACUCUUAUACAUUGACGAAUCAACUUACUUACGAAACAGAGAAUUCAAAUCUUGAUGUCAUUUCAAUCGUUGGCAUGGGUGGGCUGGGAAAGACCACUCUUGCUAGAAAAAUCUACAAUAAUGAUCACGUUAAGAGCCACUUUCAUUCCCGUGUUUGGGUGUAUGUAUCUCAAGAUUUCAAAACCAGUGAAUUAUUGCUUCAAAUUUUAAAAUCUCAGAUGCCAAUAUCAGAUGAGUUGACAACGAAACUCAAUGGGAUGAGUGAGGAACAUGCAAAAGUGUUCCUAGUAGAGAAGUUGCACAAAUGCUUACAAGGGAAGAGGUACUUUGAAGUCAUGGACGACAUCUGGAAAACCCAAGACUGGAAUGAGGUAAAAGAUGCUUUUCCUGAUAACUCCAAUGGAAGUAGAAUAUUAAUCACCAGCCGUAUAAAAGAAGUCGCCUUACAUGCAAGCCUUACUCCUCCUUACUCUCUCCAAUUCCUUAACAAAGAUGAAAGCUGGAAACUCUUUUGUAAAAAGGUGUUCCAAGGAAGAGAAUGUCCUCCCGAAUUAGAAAUUAUGGGGAGACAAAUCCCAGAAGGUUGUCAUGGGUUGCCACUUUCAAUUGUGGUAUUAGGGGGUCUUUUAGCAAACAAAGAAAAGACACACCGAACAUGGUCAAAAGUGAUUGCUGAUGUAAAUUGGUACCUUACUAAAUGCAAAGAUAUUCUUGCCUUAAGCUACAAUUACUUGCCUCGUCGCUUGAAACUAUGCUUCUUGUAUUUUGGUGCAUACCCAGAAGACUUUGAAAUCACUGUGUCAGGAAAUUAA